AGUUAUAGACCUACAGAAUCUUAUUAUUUUUGGCUGAAAUCAAAUGUUUGAAAUCCCAGAUGAUGAUAAUUUUUGGGAUGAUCUUCCACUUGAUGGAUUAACUGAUGAACCUAAGAAUGUAUUUAAUAACACAGUAUCACCAGAGAUACCAACGUGCAGUGAAGAUCAAAGUGAUUCAGCCAACAAUGCCAGAAGCUUUAGCCUGCAGAGAUGCAAAAGGAAGUUUCCAGGACCUGCAGGAAUUUUACCACCAACUACUCCAUCCAGUUUGAUGAAUGUGAAAAGUUUGCCAGAAAUUGAAGCUUUGCAGGAUAUACAGGAAGCAAAUGUUAAACAGGUUACACCUCUGCCAUCUUCGCAAUCAUCCUCUGAUGAUGUGUUCAAUGGUGAAUUAUGGAAGACCCUUCUGUCAGACUUGGGCACCAAUGCUGCUUUGGUUCUUGAGAAAUUCUCUGUCAAGUCCAUGCUAUUAAAAGCCAGCAGAAAAGUUCUCCACCGAGGGAAGAUUCCUCUACUUGUUGGCAUCAUUGAGAACCUGGAACUGCAGGGAUCUGAUGCCAGCUUUAUCAUUAGAGAUACCACAGGAAAAAUGAACGGCUCCUUACACAGAGACUUGGUGAGAGACCCAGGCACAGCUCUACAGUCUGGAUCUGUUCUUGUGCUCAGACAGGUCAGUGUGAUCAGCCCAUCCCCUCGCACACACUACCUCAACGUGACACCUGGCAACAUCGUCCUCAUCUACACAAGCAGUGAUGGGCGAGGUGUCUUCAAGAGACCCUGGUCUCCUCUAGCAGCCUCGCCAGACACCAAACUAUACACCAAGGACACCGUGGAAAUUCCUUCCCUUAAAGAAAUUAUUGAAGAGUCCGAGCUCGAGCUUUCAUUGUCAUUGCAGAAUUUCCGUCAAAAUUUAUCAAAACGUCCGUCGUUGUUAUCUCCCAUGUCUGAUAACUCUUUCACCAGUUUCUCUCCUGGUAAACCCAGGUUUAGCUCUCAUCCUGCAGGUUCUAGACACAGUCUUCAUAUGGCUCAACCUGGUGCCAGACAUUUCUCUGGUGAUAAGAGACAGCUGUUCUCAUCUGUACCCCAGCAGUCCCCACACUUGAGACCCACUGCAGGACCUAACACCAGCUACAUGAUCAGUGGGGCUAAAGCUGUGAGGUCUGGCACCAACAACAACAGUUGGACUUCAGCGCCACAAAGCUCUGCUGUUACACCUGAACUCCGUAGUUUAGAUAGAGAAAAAAGAACGUUUCCGUCUUUCAAUGUUGAACUAUGUGAUGAUAGUUUUCCUGAUGAUGAUAAUGAAAUGCUUGAGUUAUGUGAUGCUGUCAAUGACCAUGAAACUUCUCAAUCUUGCGACACUGAGAAUUUAAUAAGUGGAACCAAAAAUAUAACUGCGAAUAGACAUUUUGAAGACUCUAGAAUAACAGGCUGUAUAGAAACCAAUCCAUCUAGUUCUGACAAUUCUGGAACUUCAAAUUUAUCAACCGGUGAGGGAAAAAUAUUUCGGUUCAAACGCAGUCGGACUAACUCACACCCCGCGUGUGGCUCUCCAGCCAAAAAAACAUUGUUUGAGCCUAACCUUUCUUCCUCUAAAGACUUCAGUGUAACACUCAAGCCAACAGAAUCAGACAAAAAGCCAUUGUUUGAGCCUAACCUUUCCUCCUCUAAACACUUCAGUGUAACACUCAAGCCAACAGAAUCAGACACAAACAAACCUGACCGAUUGACAGGCGCAUUAGAGGAACUCCUGCACGGUAAGGGUUUAGUCAGUGACAACAGAUGUCAAGCUGAAGCUGAUUCUAAGAAAAGUUUUGACAGAAGUUCUUUCCAGCUGGGUACCAGGAGUUUGGUGCCUGUGGCUCAGGGAGUUGAACAAGUUUUAUUUCCUCAAUGGGAGGAUGGUAAGGAUUUUAUUAUAUGGUAA